GCUGUGUCAGCACUAUGGGCUCUAUUUGGAUCAUGAAAUAAUUUGCAGCAGACUAGACUUAACUUGACUGCUAGAUCUGACGACAAGCAAGCUAAGCCAUGGAUGAAGAUGAGCUUCCAUCACUGAGUUUCCCAUCCCCCUGGAGCAGGAAUGGGCGUGGCAUAGACACUACAAGGGGGCGUGGCAGAGGUGUAAGAUACUCUGCGCUGGAUGUGAAGGACCUUGACGAGGUGCCACUCAUGAGUGAGGAUGGUGUGGGCGGGAGUGAUGAGGAGACUGUGUGGGAGGGUGAUGGAAGCCACACAAGAUGGCAGCGACGGAUACGCUCACACUCCACACUAGUGAGCCUGCUCUUCAACGGAGGAUGGGUCGUCGUACUCAGACUUUUGCUGUGUCUCUUCACUGCUCUCUGUGUGUAGACGUAAGAAACAACCACAGUCACGAACCAUCAGUCUCAGCCACACUGACAACCAUCAGAGGUACGCUCACAACAGGAUAUGCAAUCAGAAGUAUACCAUGUGGACCUUCUUCCCAAAGAUUUUGUAUGAGCAGUUCAAGUUCUUCCUGAACCUUUACUUCCUGGUAGUGGCUCUCACUCAGUUCAUUCCUCAGCUCAGGAUAGGCUACCUCUACACCUACUGGGCUCCACUGUGUUUUGUGAUUGCCGUGACAACACUGAGGGAGUUCUACGAUGACCUGAAGAGAUAUUGGAGGGACAGGGAGAUCAACUCACAACGAUACCACAAACUGACUCCCAAAGGGAGAGUGGUCACUACAGCCAGUCAAAUACGAGUCUCUGACAUUCUCAUCAUAGAGAAGAAUCAGCGUGUGCCUGCUGAUCUGAUUCUCCUACGAACCACUGAGAAGUCUGGAACAUGUUUCGUACGCACGGACCAAUUAGACGGAGAGACAGACUGGAAGUUGAGGGUGGCCACUUGUCAGGGUUUGACCUCCAAUGAGGAGUUGUUUGACAUCAACGGCUCAGUGUUUGCAGAGCCACCUCAAAAAGAUAUUCACAGCUUUGUCGGAAAACUUACAACGCAGAAUUCUGAUUCCGAGACCAAGGAAGACCCGCUUGGACUCCUUCUAAGCUUUCAGAGAAAAUCCUGAAAAUUAGAUCCACGGAAUUCAAGUUAUGGCAGCUAAAAGCGUCCCUGAACUGUUAAUAAAAAUUAAUAAUGGUGGUACGUUGUACAUCUUUCAACAGCCAUAACCUUAGUACCAACAGUAAGCUUCCUACAGUA